GUUUGCUUCUUCUUGAAGUUGACUUAUAUGUUCUUCGUAGAAUAAUUUCAUUUUAUCGUUACAUUCUUGAAGUCGGUUUACACGUUCUUCAUACUCUGGCUUAAUUUUACUUUCACGUUCUUGUAGUUGAUUUAUUUGUGUUACGUAUUCUGAUUUCUGAUGUUUUAUUUGCGUUUCGUAUUCCGAUUUCAUUUUAUCGUUAUGUUCUUGCAGUUCUUUAAUUUGUGUUUCAUAUUCCGAUUUCAUUUUAUCGUUAUGUUCCUGCAGUUGUUUUAUUUGUGUUUCAUAUUCCGAUUUCAUUUUAUCAAAAUUGAAAGUUAUUUUGUUAUAAUCAUCUAUAAGCUCUCUAGUAUGACUUGUUUCUGUUUGAUCCGCUUGUGAUAAGAGUUCUGAAUUUUGUUUACGAAGUCUAUCAUUUUCGGCUAAUAGUUCAUUUGUGACCGCUUUUUUUUGCUUAAGUAAUUCGGCAUAAUAUGGAUUUGUAAUACAAUGAUAUCCUUCCAUAUCGUGACUUGUCUUAUGAGUUUUUAAGGUAGUUCUCAAAAAUGCAAUUUUUGCUUGAAUCUUUUGAUGAGUCAUA